AUGGCUCCUUCCCAGCUUAUUGAUACUUGGGUGAAUGAGCUGAAAAAAUAUUUCAAUGGUGAUCUAUAUCUCAUCUUGCACUAUGGUAUCAAUGGUUCUGGUGGCACUUCUGAUCCUUACCAGUGCAACCUCAUAAAGAAUCAGUCCCAGCUCCUCCAGUUCUUCAAAAAUUUGGACCCAAGCAAUGCCAAUGCAAAUGAGUGGUCUAGUGACUUUGAAUUUGAGCAUGUUAUUUUGGAUGAAGGUCAUGCCAUCAAAAUCACAUCCACAGCAACACACAAGUCAGUGAAAUGUUUAUCUAUAAGUCACUUUUGGGUUGUAACUGCAACUUCAAUGUUAAACUGUGCAUCAGAUAUGAGAGGGAUUCUCAAGAUUCUUUGGAAGUCAGAGCUUUGUGAAGAAUUUGAUUACUGUCAACAGCUCACAGAUCUUUCUGUUUAUGCUGAUGUCAACAUUAACAAUAAUAUGGAUCUUCAUAUACUUGACUCUGAGCUUUUUAUGUCAAUAUGCCACAAUGGUGCCAUUGAUUCAAGUGCAGCAUUUGUUGUUCUACCACACAUUCUUUCAAAAAUUCAGCUUCAUCAUAUCAUGGGUUUACAAAUGGACCUUGAUGAUAGUUGUGGGAUGAUCACAAUUGGAGCACAGAUACCUGUAUACAGGACAAGAACAAUAGACUGUGUCAUGAACAAUAUUCAACUUGCUGAGUAUGUGAAAUUACACUCAACUCUGGUGAGAAAUCUCAAAUCUGGUAGAGUGCCUGCCAGUGAUGUCACUACUGCAGCAACUGCAGAAGAGAUAGAAGGCCACUUUGAUAUGAGUCUCUAUUACCACCUUCACCAGACCUCAUUGUGUUCUGAAUUGAAACAACUUUUUUGA